AUGAGAGUAUCACCUGCACCAUCCUUCUCUAAACAAAACUUAUUAGAUCACGAUAGCAAAAGUGUCAGUCCUACCGUUAGUGAAAUGAUGCGCGAUCUAUCAAGUGUAUCAGCAAAUGAUAUUCAAUUUCCAAAAGUAUUAGCAAAUGAUGAUGAAGUCGACGAGCAAACACUUAUGCAAGUGGAAGUAGUUAAUAGUGAUUUAGUCAGAAAAUCGCUUCGUUCCGAGUUAGCCAGCAAAAGUACAUUUUUAACACAAAGAUGGCAAGCAGCACUUGUAGCCGGCUCAGUUUUACUAGCAUUAGCUUGCGGGAUUGGUGGCCUUGCUUAUUGGAUAGCAUCACCUAGAGUCAUAACGCAACCAUAUCUACUUUGGGGUGAGUCAUGUUAUAUGAAUUCUCGUUCAUGUGAUGCUUCGCGUAUGCUUUGGUGUCCUGCUGGUACAUGUUUAUGUCUGGGUGAUUUUACGUGGAAUGCAACAGCACAAAAUUGCUCAUGUGGUCAAUAUCAAAGGUGGAAUGGUAUCGUAUGUCAAGGUUAUGGCUAUUUUGGUGAUCCGUGUAAUAGCAUCCCUUGUCGACCCACUUUAAAAUGUACUAUUGUUACAAAUCAAACUUGUACAACAAGUCAGGAUAUAUGUUCCUGCGAUAACACUACUUAUUUGGACACAACAUCUGGCAGUGCAACUAUAGGUCAAUGCAUUGCUAGAUUAACAUAUAACUCUGAUUGUAAGACUAACUUUGAUUGCCAAGAUUGGUUAGGUCUUACUUGUACUGAAGUUUCUGCAGGCACACAAUGUCAAUGUAGUUCAACAGCUUAUUGGAAUGGACUUACAUGUGUACAAAAUGCUCUUGGCGGAGAACCAUGUAACACAUCGAUACCAUGUGACACUACAAGAGGUCUAUCGUGUGGAUCAGGUAUAUGCCAAUGUGAUCCGUAUAAUUAUUGGGAUAAUGUAACAACAUCAUGGUGUCAAAAAAAGAAAACUUACGCCGUUUCUUGUCAAUAUGAUUUUCAAUGUAAUACAACGGUUAAUCUGUCUUGCCCAGCAAAUAGUACUGGUUGCAAUUGCUAUUCAACGUCAUACGCAUACAUGUGUGAUUGUCAAGCGGGUUCUUUUUGGGAUGGACAACGAUGUACAGGCCAGCAUUCAUUUAAUGGAACAUGUCCAGGACAAUAUGCUUGUUCAAGCAAUCUGGUAUGCUAUUUAGGGCAUUGCAUUUGUCCAGGAAAUAUGGCAUGGGGUAAUGUGACCGCGAAUACUUGUGGUUGUCCUUCACCAACAGUAUGGAAUAGCACGAGUAGUACAUGUGUAUAA